AAGCUCUUUCCAGACCCUUCGGGUGACCCUCUCGAACUUUCCUACCCCUUUGCUUUCAUCCAUUUAUAGCAAUCCCCACAUUAUCUCGGCAAACAAUCUGCUGCUUGGACUUACUGUCUUCGUUGAAUAAUCAUCUUCUUGCACUAAUCAGGAAGCCCACUCUUAUUUAGGCGUCCAUAGGUAAGCAGCAGGGGUUCCUCACUUUCUCGGAAAACCAAACAGAGGAUGGACAUCUGUGGGCUGUUUAGGAGUGAAAAUGAGUCGUGUUGUUGCGGACUCGAAUGGAUUCGUUGGGGACUGGGCGUCGGCGGUGAGCCAGCUGUUCAAUUUCCCGGAGAGCGGUGAGAAACUAAUGUCUACUUCGCGGCCGCCGCAGUCCAAUGAGAACAAGGGCGUGUUGAGCAUUCCGGCUGACAUUUUAGAGACUCCCAAGGAGUACAUUUUCUACAUGGACGUGCCUGGUCUGUCCAAGUCUGAUAUUCAGGUGACGGUCGAAGAUGAGAACACUCUUGUGAUCCGUAGUGGUGGUAAGAGAAAACGUGAAGAUGGCGAGGAAGGCUGCAAGUACCUCAGGCUUGAGAGGAGGGUACCCCAAAAGCUCUUGAGGAAGUUCCGCUUGCCCGAAAAUGCGAAUGUGUCGGCCAUCACAGCCAAAUGCGAGAAUGGGGUUUUGACUGUGGUGGUUGAGAAGCUUCCUCCGGCAAACAAGCCCAAAACCGUGGAAGUUACUGUUUCCUAAAAGAAUAUGGGGGGUUUCACAGAGGGGAAGGACAGCUUUGAGUUUCCAGUUGUAGUCGCUCAUUUUUAGCUUUAGGUCUUGCUUUUCGAUGGGAUGAGGUAGCAAUGUACAACGGUCGUAUUCAUGAGUUUGUGAUCGUCAUGGACUUGUAUUAUGAUUCAUUUAAUGGUAGUUUAAUUAAUCAUUGUAA